UCAGACAAACCUGGAACCCUGCAAUGUCGUUUGGACAGAGGUACUUUUCAGAGGAGAAGCAUACUAUAAGGAAAUCAAAACAAGAUCUCCUUAGCUUUCUGGGCAGCUGGGGCACAGGAAACCCAGUUCUUCCCCUUUCGGUGUCUUGGUCAGGCCCACUGCUGGCCCAGACAGCAUUCUGGGCGUGGAGGAUUUGGGAAGGAUUAUGAAAUGCCUUAUACCCAUUAGUAUUUCCCAACUGCAGUUCUGUUUCAGGAAGCAAACAGAAUAGAUUUGUGCAAAAGGAAGUAGCAACUGGGAAACUGUGUGACAGUGAGUAGCAGUAAGUGAAGGGUUUUGAGUGAAGGAGGGUCCCAUGCAGGAGAGUAAAGCAGCUCACAAGAGAACACCACUGACAUCUCAAUCAAGGUCUCCCAAAAGCUAAAGGAAUUGAGCCGCUUCCUUGGCAGGAAAAUAUUGCAAAUCCAAGUUGGCAGGCUAUUCAUCAUGCACAUCUCUCCGCUGUUUGUGGUUAUCCUGCUCACAGGAUUGAAACUCUCUGAGGUAGUAGGCGAGUGCUCCUUCAAUAAGUCCCAAAGUCAUUGCACCUGCUCUCUUUUGGAUCUGGAAAACAUGGGAAACCUCUUUCAGUGUUUCCAUGCCUUUGUCUUCGAGCUUCGAGGAGGAAACUUGGAGAAAUAUGCAAGUUUUGCAUCAAUCACAGUAGAGCAAUCGGUGCUCAACAUACUGCAGUCGCUGCAGGUGACCAAGAUUGUCUUUGGAGAUCUUCUCGUGCCGGAGGUUCUCUUGGCAGCUGUUAUGAAGUUCGUUUACUACAUGCAUAUUACAGAGCUCGAGUUUGAAAGCUGCACUUUCCUUGGAAAUGCCAGCUGGUUCCACAUGGACAGGUUAAUUCUGCCUGUCUCCUCAUUACGCUUCCAUAACGUGACCUCCACCUCCCUGACUGACAGAGACAAAGACUUCGCCCACCUGAGUGGCUGGCUGGAGACCCUGCAGAAUCUGACUGUGACACAGUCUCAGGUCACCUACAUUCCAUGCAGCACUGGCAAGGUUUUCAGAACCUUACGCUAUCUGGAUGUGUCGGAAAACCACCUCCAAGACCAGAGCAUGAGGCCUUCAUUUUGCCAGGGGGCCUUCCCACAACUCCAAGUAUUAAAACUCCAUCGCAACAAUCUGAGCUCCUUCCACACUGUGUGUGAAAUGCUGCACCAUUUGGAGAAGCUCGUCCACUUAGACCUGAGUCAGAAUGACCUCCUGGCUAUCCCCUCCUCUUCAUGUCAGUGGCAGCCAUCCCUCCGCAUCCUCAACUUGUCCACCACAGGCUUAGAUCACAUCACCCUGCCUCUGCCCCCCAGUGUUGAAGUAUUAGAUGUGAGUUCCAAUAACCUUCAUGCUCUAGACCUUGCACUCCCCUUCCUGAAGAAACUCCACCUGUCCAACAACAGGCUGCAUGCUGUCCCCUCAGCCAAGAACUAUCCUGCUCUAGAAGUCCUCAGUCUAGAUGGAAACCUGAUCUCUCGUCUCCCAAGGGAUCAGCUGCGGUCUCUGAGACACCUGCAGAGCCUAAGGGCAGGUCAGAAUCUCUACAACUGUUCAUGUGCGGGUGCCAGUGAGAUCCAGGCCUUGGCGAGCACAGAGUCCUUGAUGCCAGACUGGCCUCAGGACUACAUGUGUGAAUCCCCGUCUCAUUACCAGGGCACCCUGGUGAAGAAUGUGCCUGCUUCAGUCUUGCAGUGCAACAAGGCCAUUGUGAUAAUUCCUGUCACUGUACUUCUUGUACUGAGCUGCUUGGCUGGGAUCAUUUUCUUUGCCAGACGUAAAGCACGGUCUGGCUGAGC